AUGGACGGGCCAUCGGAACGACGGGUAAGCGGACGGCACAAGAAAGCGGAACCCAAAGCACCUAUUGUGCCAGUGUUUGAUCAGAUAGCGAAAGACAACAAAAUGCUCGCUUCGGAAGCAUGCGAUUGGUACUUUGUCAAAAUCCUCGAGACGGCUACCUGGUGCGACUUUCUCGAGGCUGUAUCCGAGGGGUACACAGAGACCGUUCAGGGCCGUCACCCACUCUCUGUGAGAAACUUUGAGGCAACCUGGAAGCACGCUGUCGGUCAAAUAUGCGAUAAAGCGACCAAGAAGGGGGGUUUUCUCGCCGUGUACAAGGAGGAUUCACGUGGGCGUAUCUUCAGGAUCCUUAGAUGGACCUUCGAGGAUCUGGAGCAUAAUGACAGCUUCCUGUACGCCUGGUUCCGGCGCCCAGGCUCCCCCAACGAGUUUUCCACCAUACAAAAUGUGAAAACAAAGCGCCAAUCCCGGACGUCUUCGCCCACAGAACAGUCACCAGUUCCGAGACGACACCGAUAUGAUACGCCAUCCAGCGAUCCAGCCGCAAAUCUCACCAUCUCCACUACGCCUUUGACUACACCGUCACGACCGUCUGAGAGUCCCCUGUUCUACACGGAGACAAACCCCAGAUUUUGUGAGAUAUCGACUCAAUUCCGGGCUCCUGAGGCCGACAUGGGCUAUCGCGCUCCAAGUUGGGAGACCCCUAUUAACGCCAAGGCCGCCUUGAUGGCUACCUCAGAGGGCUAUUGCGCAUCACCCGUCGUGCAGACUUCCGAGUACUCAGGGGACAACAUCGAGCUUCAGGAGCGCAUCCGUCAACUUGAACACGACAACGCCUAG